UGGCUUUUUGGAGGGCUCUUAGCAGCGGCCCUGGUUUGACCCUCCCCAGCCAUGAGAAAAUCAAAUCCCUGUGCCAUUCUUCUAGGCACACUGUAGCAGCGGCCGCUGAACGCCAGGGUAGCCUUCCUCCCCGCCGCUUAAUUACCUGCUCUUUCCAAUCUCAGGGUCCCUGCCCUUGGGAAGUGCUACUACAGAGCUGGGGAGAAGAAAACGGCCACCAGCAUCCUCCGUGCCGCCUGGGGGUUCGGGCUGGAUGGUGAGUCAGUGUACAUCUCCGCGUCUCAUUGAUAGGCUGCGCCCGGAGCGGGUUCCAGCCCCGGGACCGGCCCGGGCUUUCUUCUGGAGUCGCUGGUGCGUGGCUGCGCUUCCUUCCCCGUUUGUAGGUGAACCCCCAUUGGCUUCAUUGGCUCCUUGAUUUAAACCACGCCCGGCUCUCAGCCCGCUCUGCCGCUGCCGGGCCAGGCCGCCCAGCCCCAUCACAGCCCCGCGUGCAGGGAGCCGGGCUGCUGCUGCUAUUGUGUGGAUGCCGCGCGCGUCAUCUCUUCUUCCCAGAGAUGGCUAACAGGGGCCCGAGCUACGGCUUAAGCCGGGAGGUGCAGGAGAAGAUCGAGCAGAAGUAUGACGCGGACCUGGAGAACAAGCUGGUGGACUGGAUCGUCCUGCAGUGCGCCGAGGACAUAGAGCACCCGCCCCCCGGCAGGGCCCAUUUUCAGAAAUGGUUGAUGGACGGGACGGUCCUGUGCAAACUGAUAAACAGUUUAUACCCACCCGGACAAGAGCCCAUUCCCAAGAUCUCAGAGUCAAAGAUGGCUUUUAAGCAGAUGGAACAGAUCUCCCAGUUCCUGAAAGCUGCGGAGAUCUACGGCGUCAGGACCACUGACAUUUUUCAGACGGUGGAUCUCUGGGAAGGGAAGGACAUGGCAGCCGUGCAGAGGACCCUGAUGGCUCUAGGCAGUGUUGCAGUCACCAAGGACGAUGGUUGUUAUCGGGGAGAGCCAUCCUGGUUUCACAGGAAAGCCCAGCAGAAUCGGAGAGGAUUUUCCGAGGAGCAGCUUCGCCAGGGACAGAGCGUGAUAGGCCUGCAGAUGGGCAGCAACAAGGGCGCCUCCCAGGCAGGCAUGACCGGGUAUGGGACGCCCAGGCAGAUCAUGUGAGACACCGCAUCCCUCCCCCGCAAGAGAGGACAAGUGUUCCACACCAUGGUGUCUAUGAAAAAGAAAUAGUUAGUCACCUCUGACCUUCUCUUUCUCAAAGCCUCCUGUCCCUGGUUUUUGCAAGUGCUGCAUUUCUGCUGAGAAUCCACGUUGCCUACGCUGCCACCUUCUGUUCAUUUAGAACUAUGCAAAGACUCCGCUUUCCUCUUCCUGAGCUCCUUUUGCCCUAAAGUCUCCGUUUGUUUAUUUAUUUAUUUAUUUGCCAAAAAUCUCCCUCCUUAACUUAUAGAAUGCACCUAAUAAACAAAUUAGUAUUGUGUCUUAAA